AUGCGGGUCAUCCGGCUCUUGCGUGAGCGUGGCUUAGGCAACAGCCCCACGCGGGUGAUCAAGCAGCUGCGUGAAAACCACAGUGAGCGGUGGCUCCAUCGUCUGGCCCGGUACACCACCCAAUGUGUUGACUUCCUCAAUCAACCCGGGGUGAUACCAGUAAAAUUCCAGGAGCCCCCAGAGCCUUCAGUGGUGCCAAGCUGCAAGUGGUUGCUGACCGUGUACAGCCAAGACAUCCUGACAAGGCUAGAUGAAAUCCAUGCAAGGAUAACAUCCACCUAUGGCUCCAUCUUGAAGAUGGAUUCCACUAAAAAGAUCACCAAGAAGCUGGCUGGGACAGCGAGGGGAACGGGACUCUGGCUUACCUCUGUUGGCAACGAGUUUGGUCAGGUGCUCAUAAGUGUGCUGACAGCCCAGGAAGGAGCAGGACUGGACAUGAUGGUAGAUGGUCUGGUGAAAAGAUACCAGCAGGCUGGUGUGAAUCCUCCUGCUGUGUUGUACGUGGACUGUGGGUGCUGCACCGAGGUGGGCGAGACCAAGUUGAAAACCAGAUUCAGAGGCUGGCCAGAUCUCAUGAUACGCUUGGACAUCUGGCAUUUUAUGCGCAGGAUUGCCUUGGGGUGUACAACUGAUGCCCAUCAGCUGUACCCCAUCUUCAUGUCACGGCUAUCAUCAUGCAUCUUUGAAUGGGAUGCGGCUGAUAUUUCUAUGCUUCGCAAAGCAAAGAGAGAGCUGUUGAUGUCCCAGGGUUGGCCUGCACUGAGAGAUGAUGAUGUCAGCAAGCAUCUGACCAGGGAGGAGCUGGCUCUACAUUGCCGGAGGAGGACACAUGGAGAGGAGACGACCAUCCUUCUCCUUGAACGACUGCUUACAGAGCUCCUGAGCAGCAAGGGAAAUGACUCCCUGGGUGUUCCUCUCCUGGACCGAGAAAGGAUGGAGAAAAUCUGGAGUGUCCAGAAGAAGCACGUCAAGUGUAUCCAAGACCCCCCAGGUGUUGCCCUCUAUACAGAGACCGGGAGCUUAACCAAGGGAGGUGUGCUUCUGAAGACAUACAGAUGUGCCAGAGGCUCCACUUCUCUUGAAUCCUUUCAUUUACACCUUAACCGUUUCAUCCCAGGGACCAGUGCAAACAGUCUGAACUUUCAGAUUUAUUUGCUGGAGGGUCUACACAGGUGGAACCAGGAUCGGGAGGCUGCUUCCCUGUCAUCGGAGCCAUCAGCUUUACGCAGCUACACAGGAGAACUUGUUCACUGUGUAAACAGCAAUUAUGAAAAGCUGUUUGGCAGGAAAGUGGUCCCCACGUUUUGUCCCCCUGCACGUUACACCGGUGAGCUCAUUGGAGUACAGUAUCUGUUCCAGCAGACUGGUCAGGCACUGCAGGACAUGAACCCAGACUCUGAAGAGACAGCAGAACUCAUUGAGGACCUUAAUGUGGAGGAGCGAGAUGAAGAUGAGGGCUUCUGUGACAUCAGCGAGGAUCACACCAUAGCAGAUCCAGAGGCUGUUCUGUCACCACCCUUCUCCACACUGACACUGUGUUCUUCCACCCUGGUCACCAGCAGUGAAACGGCUGUACUGGGGACUGCUGUGCCACCUGUUCCCUCUGGAACAUCUGUUUCACCACUCUCCUCAGAGCCAGAGGAUGCUGGUCAGGAUGAUGAUGAAGAGACUGCGGUUGACUACCAAAAUGUCCCGGGAUAUCAACAUGUGGACAAGCUGGCAGAAUAUCUGGUGGAGCUCCGGGGUCACACAGCCCUCAGCCUGACCAAUCAGGAAGCCAACACCAUAAUUGCACUUUGGCAGAACCUGAAUGACCAGGAUAAGCAACGGGUGGUGUAUGCAGCUCGACACCAGAAGAGACUGCUGAGUGGACGCUUCAAAGUACCAAAGAGGCCCACUCAAACCCCUGGAGUAGAGAGCACCAUCAGAAGUGUGCUGGGUGCAAGCAGCGCACCUGCUCAGUGGCCUGACUGUUGCCGUCUGGUGGAGACCAUCUUCGUCAGGCUUUGCACUAUUCACCCUAGCCCAAAAGAAAAGGCAAGGGAACGCUGUCGAGAUGGUCUCUAA